AUGCGUAUCCCUGUCCAGCGCCUACCCCCGUCGCAUAUUGCCUCGGAGCAUCCCGUGGGAGAGAGCGAGACAAUCACUCUCCUCCUCGCGAAACUGUUGAUCCCAGGCCGCGGAGAGCCAAUUCACAAUGGACUGCUGGCGAUCAAAGGCAGCAAAAUCGAAUGGGUUGGCGCACAUGCCGACAUACCGGCCAAGUACAAGGACAUCAAGCCAAGGCAUGUUCCGGUCCUGAUGCCAGGCCUGUGGGACUGCCACGUUCACUUCAUGGGACUGUCUCUUACCAAUGCAGAGAGCGCCGCCAGCGCCGCGUAUCUCCCUGGUUUCAAUGCGUUAGCUGGCGCCAUCUCGGUGGAAGACCUGAAGAUGACGCUGAUGGCGGGCUACACAUCGGUGCGAGAGCUCGGCGGCUAUGGAUGCGAUCUGUGGCCGGGCGUGCAGGAUGGGCCUUUGAUCGGCCCCAAUAUCUACGGCGCAGUUGCUCCGUUAUCCAUCACUGGAGGACAUGCAGAUGAGCACUCGGCGCCGAUCCGGACUGUCCUGGAUGCCAUGAACUACGGCGGCUCUCCCGUCAGCGUAUGUGAUGGCGUCGACGACUGUAUCAAGACUGUCCGAAAGAUGAUACGGCGAGGGGCGCGCUGCAUCAAAGUCUGCUCCACUGGAGGUGUCCUCAGCCUCAACGACAAACCAGAGGAUAGCCAGUUCUCGGACGAAGAGCUCAAGGCUAUAGUGGACGAGGCCGCGCGGAGUGGACGAGCCGUAGCAGCUCAUGCCAUAGGCAAGGCCGGCAUCUUGGCGGCGCUCCGAGCCGGCGUCAAGUCGAUCGAGCAUGGCAUGUACCUGGACGAGGAGGUGGCCGACCUCAUGCUGGAGAAAGACGCCAUCUUCGUCGGCACGCAGCACAUUGUUCGGAACCUGAGGCAAGACGCCGACUCGCUGCCCCCUCUGGUCAAGCGGAAGCUGCUUACGGUGUAUCCAAAGGCCAAGACCUCAUACCAAAUGGCCAUCAAGAAGGGCGUCAAGAUUGCUCUGGGGACUGACAUGCUCAGCAGCGCCAGGGCGUCUCCCCUCGCGCACGGCAACAAUGCAAAGGAGCUCACGUACGCGGUCGAGCUGGGCAUGACGCCUCUCCAGGCGAUCGAGAGCGCAACGGCAAACGGCCCAGAGGUGCUCGGAGGCAUGGCGCCUCUGAGCGGGCAGCUCAAGGCCGGGUAUGACGCCGACAUCAUUGCCGUUGCGUCGAAUCCGCUAGACGACAUCCACGUCUUGACGGAUCCCAGCAAUGUCACGCACGUGUGGAAGGGUGGGAAGCUGUUCAAGAGCCAGCCGAGAAUACCGACCCAAGCGAUUGUUUCUUAUUAG